AUGCCACCCUUUCCCGCGCCUCGCGAUCGGGAUGGUUUUCACGUUGCGCUGAUAUGCGCUUUGCAACUCGAGGCUGAUUGCGUGCAUGCAGUCUUCGACAAAUUCUGGGAAGAUGAUGGCAAGCAAUACGGCAAGACCCCUGGGGACCCGAAUGCCUAUACACCAGGGGUAAUAGGCCAGCACAAUGUGGUCCUGGCUUAUCUGCCAGGCAUGGGAACUGUCAACGCGGCUGUGGUGGCAGGGUCCAUGCUAAUCAGUUACCCAAACAUCAAACUGGCUUUAGUAGUUGGAAUCUGCGGAGGCAUGCCAUAUGGGCCUAAUGAGGAAGAGAUCGUGCUUGGGGAUGUCGUCAUCAGCCAGGCAAUUGUGCAAUAUGACUUCGGAAGACAAUAUCCAAACGGCUUCAAGAAGAAGUCCGGUAUACUGGACACCUUAGGUCGACCUAAUCGGGAGAUAAGAACCAUUCAAGCCAAGCUGGAAACUAAUCAAUACAAGACGAAAAUGCAAGAGCAAAUCGCUGUGCUGCUCCCUAGGAUUCACCUAGAAAUGCCAAAGACACAAUAUCCAGGCGUUGAAAACGAUAUACUCUAUCAUUCAUCAUAUGUCCAUCAGCACAAUUCAAGUGCGGCAUGCAAUGUUUGUGAGUUAGGCGACCAGAUGUGUCAAGAAGCCAUCCAAAUGAAAUGUGAAGACCUAGGCUGUGAGACGGUCAUGCAAGUUGCCCGUAAGCGUUUGGCCAAUUCACCCAAGACGCAACCAAUGGUUCACUUUGGAAUCGUUGGUUCAGGGAAUGCCGUCAUGAAAUCUGGACAACAUCGUGAUCAACUUGCCAGGGCUGACGAGAUUGUCGCUCUUGAGAUGGAGGGGGCAGGAGUAUGGGAUUCCUUCAACAGUAUUGUUAUUAAAGGGGUAUGUGACUAUGCGGACAGUCAUACGCGGAAAGGGUGGCAGCAAUACGCGGCGGCAACGGCGGCAGCGUGUAUGAAGGCAUUCUUAAUGGAAUGGACUUCAGAGCACCCUCUUGACAAUGAUGGACACAUGGACACCGUGGAGCACAUGGACAAUCAGACUCGCAUUGAGAUCCUUCGAUGGUUAUGCAACGUCCCCUACAAAAAACACCACGCGAACAUGGUUAAAGACCUGCUUGCUGGAUCAGGAAAGUGGUUGGAACAACAUGAUUUCUUCAAAGACUGGAGAAACGCCAGUACGUCAUCUGUACUCUGGCUCCACGGAAUUCCGGGAGCUGGCAAGUCAAAAUUGGUUUCCAGAGUCAUAUCACUACUGCAGAACGCAUCGGCUUCAUCCUCAUCCGAUGAACCUAUUGCAUACUUCUACUGCACGCGGAAUACUGCUGAAACCGAAAGGGCUGAUCCCACUACCAUUCUACGUGCAGUCUUGAAACAGGUUGCGUAUUCUGCGCCGGAUGGAUCGCUUUCUCGGCUGAUCGUUGACGCAUUCAGAGACAAGAAGAGAGAUGCAGAUGAAGAUGGGAUUGAUCCAGAGCCGUUGUCGUCCGAAGAAUGUGUCCAACUAAUCAUCCAUAUCGCCAAACGCACCUCUAUGACAAUCGUUAUCGACGCUCUGGAUGAGUGCGAUCCAGGAAAGAGACAUAUCCUUCUCGAAGGGCUCGAAACAAUUCUGAAAAAUUCCAAGAAUGUUGUGAAACUGUUUGUUUCCAGUCGAGAUGACGCGGAUAUUAAAAUGAGAUUGACAGCAAGCCCGAAUAUCUACAUCAGUGCGACUGAUAACGCCUCAGACGUUGAGCGAUAUGCGCACACAGAAAUUGACAAUGCCAUUCUCCGGAAAAGGAUACUCAACGGGAAUGUUCCGUCAUACCUGCAAGAAGAUAUUAUCAGCAGAUUAACUGCACGUGCUCAAGGAAUGUUUCUCUCUGUAGCUUUGCAGAUCCAAGCACUCUGUGAUCAUCAACGCAUCAACCUGGAAGAAGAUGUCCUCGAGGAGUUGUCAUCAUUACCGAAGUCUUUGGCAGAGUUGUGGGCUGAUGCCAUGGCUCGGAUCAGUCGCAAGAAUAGUGCGGCCAACAUUGUCGCGAUUCAAUCUCUGUGCUGGAUCCUUUGCGCUCGAGAAGCUCUGCAAGCAGAAGAAUUCGUUACUGCGAUAUGCCACGCAGCUCGCGUUGAUUUAACCAAACAUGAAAUCAUCACUGUAUGUGAAAAUCUCGUUGUCUUGGACGACGAAACGAAUGUCUUCCGCUACGCCCAUUUGUCGGUUCGCGAAUUCAUGGAAACUGCCGACGAAUUCGAUAUUGGCACUGUGGAAUCGUCACUAGCGCUGCAGUGCUUGACAUUCUGUGUGGACGGCAUUACCCAAGGUGACUCGGACGGAGAGGACGCUGCGGAAGAUUCCUUCUUAUUGUAUGCUACACUGUAUUGGCCGUUUCAUUCUCGCGCGGCGUGGCACGAGAAGACAUCUGAGCUUACAUUGCUUCUGGAGCGCCUCCUAUCGCAACCUUGUACCAGUAUGAGCUUUAUGCAACAUUGGGUUUCAUAUGUCGAGCAACUGUCUACAGUCAAUGUUGAAGACAAGGGGAGUAUGAGACUGCAGUUAUCUCUGAGUAGAAUGCGACAUCCUAUUUUUUUGGUGGUUGCUUUUGCGUUCAACGAAUUCUAUAAUGACAACUGGACUGCAGACCUUAACGAUAUGCACUUAGUAAAUGAAUAUGGACUGACACCGCUGGCCGUGGCUUGUAACAUCGAAAACUUUGCCAUGGCUCGAAUUUUGGUUAUGAAAGGCGCUGCCGUGGACAUCAUGGACAAUGAUCGAGGUUCGAUAGUCAGGGGAAGGGUCUCCAUUUUCCAAAAUCCGCUCUGUGCUGCACCGUACCAUGGAUGGAGAGAGCUUGUAGAAUUCCUUCUGGAAGCUGGGGCUCAACCCUACUUGCCUUACAACUCUGGUAAUUUACUAGCUCUGUCGGCGGCGGCCAUGCUUGACGAUAUGGAAAUCACGAAACGGCGUCUUGCAGCUAGGGCUCAUGCCCAUAUGCAUGAGCUCUACUCGGGAAAGCCUCCUUUAUUAUACGCAGCCCAAGAGGGACAUACAGAGGUCUGCCGCGUGCUUCUAGAGGCAGGGGCGUCUCCGAACAUGAAGUCUGGAUCUGCUGGACCUGAGAAUCUUCCUCUGGAACAGGCAUGUAAGAGAGGCGAUCUAUCGCUGAUUCAGCUCCUCUUGGAAUAUGGUGCUGACAUGGAGGCACCCACGGCGUGGAGGGGAACACCACUGGCCAGCGCCGCAUGGGAAUCAAGGUUGCAAGUUGUUGAAUACCUUCUAUCAAAGGGUGCUGAUCCUAGGUUACAUUCUGGGCCCUUUGGUACGGCUUUCCUGUCAGCGGUGGCUGUGGGGAGCCCUGAGAUUGUCUUGCUAAUGCUUCGAAAAGACCUUGAUGUCAGCUAUGUCGGUCCCCGAGGCACAGCCCUUGGAUUGGCGAUUGGUUACCGAUGUCCUGAAGCUUUGCGAUUACUAUUACACUCUGGCGCAGACGUGCACACAGAUUGCAAUUGGAACGGAGUAGUCCACAACGCUUUUACCUUUGCUGCUGUGGAGGGAAAUCAAGCAAUCAUGAUAGAACUGCUCGACUUUUCCAGUAAUCAAGGGAUCCGGCCACCACUAGAUCUCAUGUUGGUGCAUGCUCUGGACUCUGCAUACAGCGAAAUGAGAAGCGAAAACAUUCACCUACUCCUCGAGCGAGGCGCAGAUGUAAACGUAAAAGCUGAAUUCGGCAAAACUACCUUGCAUUAUGCAGUUCAAGCCGGUCGUCUCGAAGAUAUCCGGCAUAUUUUGUCUCUUCCUGUGGAUUUGGAUGCGGUAGACCAGUACGUAGGAUCUAUACUGCAAGCAUUAUGUCAUCGCAAUCCGGAUCACUAUUCCGCUUCUCGGAAUGAGACAGAGGACAACAUAAUUUUCCGGCUGUUGCUCGAAAAAGGCGCGACGUUCGACACUGGGGGCGGCCCUCAUGAUAGUUUUCUACAAACUGCAGCAUAUGAAAAUCGCCCAGCUUUCAUUGCCCAGGCAAUAGAACAAGGGGCAGUCUUCCGGAAUGACGCUGGAAGUUGCUGUGGCGCCUGUCACGCGGCUGCAGCACGGGCUCACCACGAGGCUCUUGAGGCCCUGCUGCAGUCCAGACCAAAUAUAGAUGCGAGCUGCGAGCCAUACGGCAGUAUCUUAACCGCAGCCGCUUGUCAUGGGCGACAGCCUGCAUCCCAGAGGCUGGAACGUUGGCGGACCUUCGCUGAAAGAGACGCAGACGAUGAAGCAAUGGCAUUUGAAGGAAGUAUAUGGCGAGUGCGACCAGAAUCAUACGAUCAGAUUGCUGCUCGGCUCCUAGACGCCGGUGCACGAGUGGAUAUCCCCGGAGGGUAUUUUGGCUGCGCUUUACAGGCAGCAGCAUAUGUAGGCAAUGCUACCUUGGUGCAGAAACUGAUCGCUGCUGGAGCAGAAGUCUGCUCUUCUGGGGGUUUCUAUGGAUCAUGUCUCCAAGCUGCUGCUGCUGGGGACGAGACACCGGUGGUCGACCCGUAUGAAAAUACGAUCGACAUUCUACUAGCCGCAGGAGCGGACGUCAAUGCCCGUGGCGGAUUCUUCAAUUCGUGCCUGCAGGCAGCUGUGCACAGCGAUAAUGUGGCAAUUGUGUGCAAGUUAUUGUCGGCGGGGGCUGAGGUUUCCGAAGAUGGUCAAGGUUUCUACGGCGGCUGCAUUUCAGCUGCUUUAUCCUUUGGAAAACAGAUACUGAUGAGUGAUUGGAAUCGUCCAAAGGCCGAUGCUGAGGAUAUUAAUGCUGAGAAAAUUCUUGGUCUCCUCUUACGCAAUGUGCCGGCAGCACUACUCGACGAAUCCUGCUUUGGAGCCUAUCUGCGAAGUCGAGACAAGCAGAACACUAGAGGUCUUACUAUUCUGCAGAGGACUGCACCUUUUAUCUCACUUGCAUUGAGAGGCAGGACACUUGAGCAAUUCAAUGGAUGCUUUAGCCUCUUAUUGUUUUAUAUCUAG